AUGGCCCACAUCAACGAGAUCGCCCUUCUCAGUCCCAUCGCGGCCGUCAACAGCGGGGGCCGCCUCCGGCUCUACGUCCUGAGCAACGACGGAAACGUCCGCCAGAUCAACUACGAGGGCAAGUGGGUCGGCGGCGUAGCCAAGAACGUUAUCGGCAGCGUCAAGUUGACAAGCCCGCUGUCGGCCACGUCCCUGGGCGAGUUGGAAGCCAUCCGUGUCUACGGCAUUGCGGAAAAUAACACCAUUUCCGAGUUCGCUUACGACCAGGGCAAGGGGUGGUACUCGGGCGGCCUGACAGGCAAGUUCAGGGUCGCCCCCUACUCGAGCGUUGGUGCCGUCUUCUUGGCCAAGAAGCGCAAGCUGCGUGUCUACGUCCAGGCCGAGGACAACUCGAUCCAGGAGUAUUCCUUUGUCGACGGCAAUUCCGAUGGUUGGUACAAGGACCAGAACCUCGGCCCCGCCCUUCCUGGAACGGCCAUUGCUGUCACCGCGUGGGGCAACAAUGACAACGAAAUCGGCAUCCGCGUCUACUUCCAGGACGCCGAGGGCAAGGUGAUCGAGCGGGCCCACGACGCUAGGAAGUCCAAGUACUGGUACAAGGGCGGCCUGAGCUUCCCCGGUCCCUUCCCCCGCACCCCCCUCGCCGUCGUCUCGUGGGAGGGGUCUGCGCACGUCCGCGUUUACUACGACACUGCGGACGGCACGGUGCGCGAGAAGGCGCACGACGGCUCGGGCUGGUACGACGGCGGGUUCUCCGAAGCCAGCGUGCCGGCCUCGCGUAUUUCGGCGCUCAGCAUCAAGGGGGCCGACCUGCGCGUCUACAUACAGACCGGCGCGUAUGUCACGAGCUUCUCCGAGUUCGUGUUCAACGGCGACGGCUGGAUCGAAUGUGCCAGUCCCUUGCCCCCUUUCUAG